AUGCUUGAGCUAAAUGAAAUCUCGGCGUACGAGGUACUUUCGCCCGAGAAUAAUUCUGGAAGCUGUCAACAUCAUGAAGACUGUGAAAGCGUAGUGCUCGGAUACGGAAGAAUCGAUGAAGGUUGGAAGGCAUCUCAACAGAUAGCUGUGGUACAUUCCCCCGUGCGGGCGGUACAGAUACUCCGCCAACAGCCGCUGGAGGAUGCGGCCUGCAGGGCAGCCGCCGAGUAUGCGCGGCAGGGGCAGCUGGCUGAGGCAGCGAACGCGGAGGCCGCCAGUUUCCACCAGCUGCUGCUGCAGCAAAAUAGGCAGCAUCAUCAGCAGCUGGUGGAGGAGCUGAGGGCGGCCCGGGUGGUGCAGCAGCAGCUGGCAGCAGAGAUGCGUGGUUUGAGAGAGGCCACCGGCCUCAUCGCGACAACACUGCGCCAGCUCCUGGCUGCCCUGGCUCGCCUCUGCGAGCAUCCUCAGCCAUGAGGGACAGUCCCCCCCCCCCCCCCAUAUCAUCCUUUAGUAUUAAUAGGUACAAGUGUUGCCCAUCUUUCCGUUCAAAUCACCGCUGCAGCAUUUGGUGGUGGUGCCCAUACCUCCUCGAAAGCUGUUGUGCCGAGUUGUAGCCAGUCUUGUGAAAUUAUGUGCAGGUCAUGUGCGACCAUGGCAGCGAAAGCUGAUAGUGCUGUGAUGUCACUUGAAACACAAAUGCGUGUCUUUUUUUUUUGGUAUGUAGCACUAAAGGAUGAUAUGACUGUUUUCCCUACAUUUCUGUGCCUAAUCAUUUUUUUUUCAAGGUAAUUUCUUUUCAUGUGUAUUUUCACUUGCAGUGCAAGUUUGCCCAAGUGAGACGUUAUAAAUUAUAUGUAGAAUGUUUGCCAUAUUUCCGUUAGGUGUUGUUCACUUCUGUUUUGCUGUUACUGAUAUGUUUCAAUGCGCACCGUUUUUCCAAGGAAGAUAUACACUAUGCAAUCACUUUUACAGCAACUUCGACAUUGUCUCGCACACAUACAGGUGCACUUAACUACAAUGCUGUGAUAACUGGAAAUGAAUUUUCAUGCCAUAUGUAUGUCAUGUUUGCAACGCCUACGCAAUGCUAAGUAGCCGAAUUGGAAUUUUUUUUAACACCAAGCGCCUGUUACUUGUGAUAGUUAUUGUGAUAUUUCAGGUGUCCUUACCUGUGAUAGCAGUACAAUCUA